CUUGACUGGUUGCAUCCCCCCUGGCCCUUGCCCAGAUAGGCGAAAAAUCCUUCAUCAGAUUAAUUAAAUCGGUCGCGGAUCCCCACCGGCUGGCUAAUCCCCACUUGCAGUCGCAGGCCGCUUCCGUUUCUUCCCCGAGACCAAAGCCAUAGCCAAUGCCCUCUUCGCCCUUCGCCGCCGCCUGCCUAGAUCUUCAGCUACACAGCCGUCUUCCUCAGACUCCAGCUUGGUGCUGCCACAACGGCUGCUCUUGAUCCAUCGCCUUUAAUCCAUCGCCUGCCUCUUCCCGGCCACUAAAUCAGCACAGUCUGCGGCCACUAAUAAUCAAGGGAACCCGCAGAUCUGGAUGGUGCCCUCCCCUGCGGCCGAGUAUCGCAAGGAUCACCACCGUCCCAGCCAAGAACAACCGCUUGCCCCGGCCUUGAGGUGCAGGUACACAUGAUGCUACUGCUGCAGAGGCCCCCAGGUCUUGGUCUUUUCCUUGGCCGGAAUCGCCGCCAUUUCGGACUCACCAAAGCUCCGGCUUGCUUUUCCACUUGGACGCCACAAUGCCUCCUCCAACAUUAUAAAUUGCCUAAUCGCAUGCGCGGCUGAACUGGACUGGACGAUGCUCUGGCCAAGAUUCAGAUGCCCAUCCACGAGCCAUUCUUCCCUCAUCGCCAUGCGCCGGCUCCUGCUCCUGGUGCUCGCCGCCGCGCCCGCCGCCGCCGCUGGUGGCGAGAUGGGGUACACGCAUUGCGCCUGCGACGGAGAGGGCGGCGGCGGCGGCUUCUGGAGCCUGGACAACAUCUUCAAGUGGCAGAAAGUCAGCGACCUGCUCAUCGCCGCGGCUUACUUCUCCAUCCCCCUCGAGCUCCUCUACUUCGUCGCCGGCCUCCGCCACCUGCUCCCGUUCCGCUGGGUGCUGGUCCAGUUCGGCGCCUUCAUCGUGCUGUGCGGCCUCACCCACCUUCUGGCGGCCUUCACCUACGAGCCCCACCCCUUCAUGGUCGUGCUGCUCCUCACCGCCGCCAAGUUCCUCACAGCGCUCGUGUCCUUCCUCACCGCCAUCACGCUGCUCACGCUCAUCCCGCAGCUGCUGCGCGUCAAGGUCCGCGAGAGCCUGCUCUGGAUCAAGGCCCGCGAGCUCGACCGCGAGGUUGUGCUGAUGAAGCGGCAGGAGGAGGCGAGUUGGCACGUCCGCAUGCUCACCCAGGAGAUUCGCCGCUCCCUUGACCGCCACACUGUGCUCUAUACCACGCUCAUUGAGCUCUCCAGGGUGCUCGCACUCAACAACUGCGCCGUGUGGAUGCCCUCAGAGGACAAGUCCGGAAUGUGCCUCACCCACGAGCUCCGCCGGGGCAGCGACGGCGAAGCCGUCGUCAGCGCCGACGACAAGGACGUCCUCGAGGUCAAGAGCAGUGACGGCGUCAAGCUGCUGCCGCCGGAGUCGGUCCUUGGGUCGGCCAGCGGCGGCGGCAAGGAGGGGACCGGCACGGUGGCUGCAAUUCGGAUGCCAAUGCUCAAGGUCGCGGACUUCAAGGGUGGAACGCCGGAGGUGAUCCAGACGAGCUAUGCUGUGCUAGUUUUGGUGCCGCCCAGUGACAGGAACUGGGCACCACACGAGCUGGAGAUCGUCGAGGUGGUCGCUGAUCAGGUGGCCGUCGCGCUCUCUCAUGCCUCACUGCUUGAGGAGUCACAAGCAAUGCGUGACAGGCUGGCCGAGCAGAACCGUGAGCUGCUGCAGGCAAGGCGGGAUGCCCUCAUGGCCAAUGAGGCCAGGGACGCGUUCCAGCGUGUCAUGAGCCAGGGAAUGAGGAGGCCCAUCCACUCCAUCCUAGGGCUGGUAUCUGUGGUGCAGGAGGAGGGCCUGACACCUGAGCAGAAGCUCGUCAUCGACACUAUGGCGCGGACAGCAACCGUUGUCUCGACGCUCAUCAAGGAUGUCAUGGAGAUGUCUGCUGUCAACCAGGAGCGCUUCCCAUUGGAGACACGGCCAUUCCACCUGCAGUCCAUGAUCAGGGAUGCCGCUUGUGUGGCGCGGUGUCUUUGUGACUUCAGGGGGUUUGGUUUCGCGGUGCACAUUGAGAAUGCGCUGCCAGACCUUGUCAUUGGUGAUGAGCGGCGGAUUUUCCAUGUCUUGUUGCACAUGGUUGGCAAUCUGAUUGGCCGGAUCGAUGCGGGGAAUGUCACGUUCCGGGUGCGUGCUGAUGAUGAGACGAUGGAGGAUCAGAGGUGGGAUCCAUGGAGGCCAAGCUACUCUGGUGGGCACUCGUCAGUUAAAUUUGUGAUUGGGGUGAAGCAGCAGCAGAGUGCUGACUCAUCAAGCUCGCUUGCACAGUUCUUGCGGAAGCCAAGCGCUGAGGGGUUUGAUCUCAGGCUCAGCUUCAGCAUGUGUAGGAAGCUCGUGCAGAUGAUGCAAGGAAACAUCUGGGCCAUUCUUGAUGGCCAAGGACUCCCGGAGAGCAUGACCCUAGUCCUGAGAUUCCAGCUGCAACCAUCGCUGUCGGGCUCCAGCCUUGGAGGAUCAUUUGAUCUGCAGUACCCAUCGCCAUCAAACCAAAUCGCGGGCCUGAAGGUUCUGCUGAUCGAUGAUGAUGAAAUCAACCUAGUCGUGGCUCGAAAGCUCCUGGAGAAGAUAGGCUGCACUGUGUCCUCACUCCCCUCGGGUUCAGGGUUCAUGAACUCCGUGGGGCCCACCUCUACCUCAUUCCAGCUUGUCGUGGUCAACCUGGAGAUGGCACGAGUGAAUCCCUUGGAUGUUGCCUCCAGGAUCAGGCAAUACAGGAGCGCGCACUGGCCCUUGGUCAUGGCGAUGACAUCAGAGCAAAACGUGUGGGAGAAGUGCGCUCAGUCAGGGAUCAACGGCGUCCUGAAGAAGCCGCUUGUUCUGCAGGAAGUAAAAGAUGAGCUGACACGAAUCCUUCAGAACACAUGAUGUUUGCUGGUGUUUUUUGGCUGCUCGCCAGGAGUUUUGUACUCUGGAGCUUCUUCAGGUUCAGGUUAUAUGCAUGCUUCUUCUUCUUCACAUGGAGGAGGAGGUACAUGAGCAGGUUGGUAGGUGCCUACUUCGCGGCGAGCCGGAACCUCUUGGAUAUGCUCAAGCCGUACGAUCACAUACGUGCGGGUGAGAUUGCGUAUGCCUGUCUGCCUCCCUCGCUCGCAUCUGUAUAGCAAUAGCCAAUAGCUGCCGUGACCGUGAGAGCAGCACCUGCAGAUUGCUCGAUCGUCGGUCGUGUGACGGCGGCUGGCAUCUAUCUAUUCUGACGAGGACGGCGGCGGCGGCGGCGUCAGGGCUGCAACUGGAAGGCUCGCUUGUUGACUGUUGUUUCAAUCAUCAGACUAGUCAACGUCACAGGCCGGCUAGCACUAGUUUCAGCCUAACGCGGCAGUUUUUAACUUAUUGCUUGGUUCCAACUUCAAUUAGCAGGCGGCGGGGCAUGUAUGGGUGUACGUUCAGUCCUUGGGUAGAAUAACAAAAUCUGUCUGAUGAUCAAUAUUGUAACCAGAAAAUUAUUAGUCUGUUGACAUUUUCUCCCAGAAAAAAUAAACACUUUUACUAUUAUA